CUUCUCUUCGCCGAAGAAUACAUCCUGAUAGCUCAUGCUCGCUCAGGUGCCAAAUUUCCUCACAGACGUACCUCCAAGCCCGACGAUUGCGGUAGAAGACUCGAGAACAGUCAGGCUACUCUCUCUGCAGCUUGCUAUCUCGUCUCUUCGUGCACCUCCUUAUGUCGAACAGCAGCUUGAACAAUCUCUCUGAUGCAAGUUCGGGAUCAGCCAGCUUAACGUUGUCGACACUUCCGGCCCACUCGACAAUGUCGACGUCGUCACAGCGGACAAGAAAGUGGCGUUCGAGACCCUGGCGAAGUAAUCCACGUUGGGAGAUUGGAGAAUGGACGAAAGUCGUAAUGCCGGCGCAGUCUCGAGUCCUACGACAGACAGCACUACGUCCACUGAUUCCCUCCCUCAAAAAAUACUCCCAUCCCUAUCGCAUCGACCCUGGCAACAGAAGUUCAGCCAAUCAAAAGGGACUGCGAAAAGCGUGUGCAUACAUUUGUGGAGUUCGAAAAGCUGUUGCCACCCCAUCGACUGCCAUGGGAAGAACAGCAUCCGCAAGGUCUCGGAGCAUUCGUGCAGCGCUGAUCCGAGCUUUGAACUUGGCGCACCGGUCAAACGAAUCUUCGAGCAGCGACUACAUGGGACGGCUGAUGGGAAGGCUGGCCUCGGCUCCCCGUAAGGCCACGGAGGAGAACCAGUUGACCUUGAGAGAGCUUAACGCUUUUUGUGUCAAAGGCAAGGUGGCUUCAGCUGUGCAAGCGACACACACACAAGAAGGCCAGAGCAGUGGAAACGGGCAUGAAGAAAGAAAAGGAGAAGAAGACAGUCAGGACAUGGACGACGAUGGCGACGACAGCGAGAGCAUAGGCAUGGGCAUGCAAGAAGAAGAAGCAGAAUCGAUUCUCUCAGAGCCCGCGAGCAACUUCACUGGCUUGGACGCCGACGACUACUCCAACAUGGGCAAGGGCAAGGCCAUGGAAGAAGACGCUUGGUCAAUGCUCUCGCAUCUUAGUAGCGACAGUAAUCGCAUGGACUUCGACGAUGAGCGCGAAAACGAAGAAUAUGACAAUGACAUUCUCAACAACGGCUUUCUGCACCGAGCAAAUAGAGAAACCGGGUUUGGCGGCUCACAUCUGCAAGGUGACUUCGAGGUCACCCGCAGAGGUUUCGAUCUUCUUGAUAGUCCGGGUCCUUUCGAUAGCCCCCGUCCUCCAGUCUUCAGACCAUCGCCUGUCGCCAAGCGGCCCAGAAGCAGCUUCCAUCGUGACAAUAGCGAGCAACACGAUGAUGGGGACGAGGACGAGGACGAGGACGAACAGGAUCGUCCGCGCAAACAUGUUCACGUUCGCGAUGCUAGCCCAUUGAGCGCCGAUGAAAGGCUAACCCAGGAAGUUCAGGAACUCCGGCGCAGCCACAACAAGGCAGCCGAAGAAGCCUUGCGAAGGCUGAAAAGGCUACCCAGCAAGAGCAAUACCGACGAGGAGGACGAGACCGUUCGUUUGGAUGGACACUUGCCGAGCAAGCAGAUGCUUACUGGUCUGCAGGGCAUUCGAACGCCUGAAGCACAAGAUGAGGCUAGCCACCAAGCCAGUCAGGAGUUGCGAAGUCGUGUCGAAAUUCCUGAAGCUACCGGCCACAUUGGAGCAAAUCUCAGCCUCCCGGAAGAGAGCACCCCUUUCAUCAGCCAAAGGACCGACGUUUAUCACUUCGUUAUCAAUUUGGUCGUGUUUGUCGUCACCUGCCUCUCAACCGUAUUCUUCACGACUGACUAUUGCCAGCCGGUCUGGUCCGAUAGCGACUUUCAGAAACUGAGAGGCGUGCUCUUUAACCUCUGCAGACGCCUCGCAACUUUCUCGUCGCGGGUCAAAUAAAGAUGGAUCGCAUCUUGACACCUUGAUCCUUUCGUCUAGAAUCUCUCUUAACAAGAUGUUAUAUUAUGUCUAUGUUGGUGUAACCACUUACUUGCAUAUAGAAGAUGUAUAGCCAUAACGGUAUUACCAUACUCUGAUAAUACGGGCGUAAACAAUUCUUAAAAUUGUACUGUACUGUACAGUACAGUACAGUACAGUACAGUACACAGGUAGCUCCCUUUUCAAUCAAUAACGAACAUCCUCGAUCACAGACGACGAUC